CCCCAACAUCGCUGCUCAGAAAGUGGGAGGGCUGCUCAGAAGGCCCGCGGAGUGUCCUGCGCAUGCCACCAAUCGCCUAGACACCGACACCAGCCUAGUACUGCAAGUGGUCGAUGUGGGCGCCCCAGACGGCCGAAUCGACCACCUCCACGACCGAAGGGGAUCCCCCCGAGGUCGGCGGGCGCCCCCCCGAGGGCCCUACAGACAACUCCACUCAGCUGUGGCUGCGGCUCCUUGCUGUGCCUGGACUCCUCCUGCACUCACCCUCCUCUCUUCUGCAGCUCCCGCGUCCGCUUGGCCGCCCCGAUCACCGCGAUGUUCACGAGCGCUCCGACCCAGAACCGCGCCUGGGGGUCGCCUCCCCAGGGGCAGCUGUUGGACAGCACGAGACCUCCGAAGAUGUACACGGUCAGUCCCGGACCCACGGUAUGAGGAACGCCAGGAUGCCGGUGAAGAACACGACGAGGAUGAUGAUCGGAAAGGGCCAGUCGGACAGCACCUUGCUGAGCCAGGCGAGCAGUACGUUGAGCAGCAGGGGGCAGAUGGCGUAGCACACAUACACGCCGCAGAACGUGUACACGAGCGGGAAGAUUUUCAGCCACGGCCAAGUGUCCCAGACGUGGGCCAGCACGAAGUACACCCGCGGUGUCAGCGG